AUGGUGCACUUCAGCGCCAUCCUCCCUAGCUUCUCCGGCAAAGUCUUGGCCGCUGGGCAUCUACGCCUCCAACUCCUCGAGUCCCUAGGACACGGCGCCUACGGCGUCGUAUACCGCGCUUUGGACCUUAACUCGCCACCCUCCAACCCUGCGUACUUUGCCGUGAAGUGCCUCCUCAAACACCCCGAGGAGUCCGAAUAUUUCUGCCUCCAGCAGCGCGAGAUCGCCUACCACAAGGCGGUCUGCAGCCACUCCAACGUGUUGAAGCUCCACCAAGUGAUCGAGGAGAGGGACUUCGUUUUUCUACUGCUUGACUAUUGCCCUGGCGGCGAUCUGUUCAGCGCCAUCAUCGACUACGGCAUCUUCAAGCGGAGAGACGACCGUGUCAAGCGCAUCUUCCUUCAGAUUCUCGACGCCGUUUACCAUUGCCACCGUAUGGGCAUCUUCCACCGUGACUUGAAGCCCGAAAACGUCCUUUGCUCGGCCGACCUCAAUGAGGUCUUCGUCUCCGACUUCGGGCUUGCAACGACCACACGAGUCAGCACCGCCUUUGGAUGCGGAAGCUCAUUCUACAUCAGUCCAGAAUGUGUCGGACGUGCAUCUCAAGGACUCCCCUUCCUCAGCGCCGUCUCCGAUGUCUGGUCACUCGGGGUCAUCCUCACCAACAUGAUCACCGGGCGGAAUCCGUGGACCAUUGCGUGCUCGAUCGAGGACUCAGCGUUCGUCUCCUACUCGCGAGACCCUGACGCCUACUUCCGGCGCAUGCUCCCCAUGUCCGCCGCCGCACGUCGCAUUCUCCUCCGCAUCUUCACUCUCGACCCUACCGACCGCAUCAGCCUUCCCGAUCUGCGCGAAUCCAUUCUUAACGCCGACACCUUCUUCCUGAGCGAGGAGGAGGAGCUCGUAUACGAGCUCGAGCACCAGCUCACCAAGGUCGGCUCCGUCGACAUCACGGACGUCGACCGCCAAGACCGUUUCGACUCGAGCGAGAGCGACCUCGAGCUCGUCGAGAUCAAGCCCCUCCCCACCGCACCGUAUCCCGAGGCCGACGAGGAUGCAUCGGUCCGAGCAGUCUUCGCACCCUCUUCACCCUCUGCGCAUGCCCCAUCGACUUUCGACGAUGCGAGGUACUCCUCGCUAUUCUCCAUGCCCUCUGCAUACUCCCAUUCCGAGUCGGAAUCGGAGGAGAGCGAGGGCCCGAUUACCCCCGAGCAGCAUGCGGUCGUGGACACGAUGCCCAUCCCGGAGCUGCAUCUCGCGCCACCCAAGGCACCUGCGCACGAGCCAAUCUGCGUGGACAGCGAGUGCGACAUCACGGAGGGAGGUCUCGAGGUGCACAUCCUGGGCAAGCGCAAGGCAGCGCGGUCUUGGGAUCGAGUGGUCGGUGCAGUGCACAAGAUUCGUGUUUUGGCGCAAUAG